AUGCUUCUUAUUCUCUUUCUCCUGGCCUUUAUACUGGCUCGCACCGUCGCUGUUCAUCCCAGCGACUUCGCUGCUGCACCAACAAUCCCUGUUCGUGCGAUCCAGUCGGCCGCCGCACAGGCAAGCCAAGUCCCCCAGCUGGCAACACACCCUAUCAGCGAUGGGGAGACUUCAACAAACGCGACCAUUCACGACGACUGGUCAUCAUUUGAAAAGGGUGCAGCCAUCACAUGGACCGCUGACAUGGACGUGGACUGUGAUGGCAUGGAUUUUGGCUGCAAGGGCAACCCAGAUGGCCAGUCAAUUACGAACUGGGGCGCAUUGUCAGCCUAUGAUGUCCCCUUUAUUGUUAUCCCUGAUGAUUUCCUAUCGGCGAACAGGGAUAAAAUGCCAGGGAAUAACGUCGCCGCCGUUAUUUGCAAUGGCAACAUGUACUUUGGAAUACUAGGGGAUUCCAACGGCGACACCCCCCUAGUCACUGGGGAAGCCUCCUGGUUGAUGGCCAGGACCUGCUUCCCAGAUGACAAUCUAGAUGGUAGUAAAGGCCAUGUUGCGGCCGAUGUUACCUACAUUGUUUUUACCGGACAGGACGCAGUCUUGCCUAGCAGUGCUCUAAAUAAGCACUAUAUUACUGACUUCAGUAUGUUGAGGUCCAUGGGUAAUCAGCUUAUGGGCAGUCUGGUCUCAAAUCUGGGUGUGUCUGGGUCUGAGAAUUGUUCAGACUGCGACGACAAGCCGGGAAACCCCCAGAAAGGUCACACAGGAAUGCGCUCGGGGGCCGCUGGCACGGCCAAUAUAGCCAGCUCCUUUAAGAAGCGAUCUAUCCUCGUUCUGACGGCUAGUCUGAUGACUUGGUUUGCUUAG